AAGGAGCGAGGACGGACGGCCGCGGUGGUGGUGGUGAUUGAGGGCAGCCGAGCAGAGCCCGUCCGGUGCCGCCGGCAGCAUGAAGCGGUUGUGCGAGGAGAGCUCCUCCGACACGGAGUCGGACGGCACUAUCGACGUGGGUCGGGAGGAGGAGUACCGCCAUGUUUCCAGGUCUGUGUCUCCCACUACGACAUCUCAGAUACAAGCCAGGAAGAAGAGGAGAGGGAUCAUUGAGAAGCGGCGCCGGGACCGGAUCAACAGCAGCCUCUCGGAGCUGCGGCGCCUGGUGCCCACUGCCUUUGAGAAGCAGGGGUCUUCCAAGCUGGAGAAGGCAGAGAUCCUACAAAUGACAGUAGAUCACUUAAAAAUGCUUCACGCCACUGGAGGAGCAGGCUUCUUAGAUGCUCGAGCUCUGGCCGUGGAUUACAGGAGCAUCGGCUUCCGCGAAUGCCUCACUGAAGUUGUGAGGUACCUGGGCAUCCUUGAGGGUCAAAACGCCGCUGAUCCCAUCCGGCUGCGCCUCCUCUCCCAUCUGAAUAAUUAUGUGGCAGAAAUGGAGCCUUCGCCUGUGGCCACUUCGCUCCUGCCCAUCCAGACGUGGCCGUGGUCCUUCCUCCACAGCGCUGCUGGCCCCGUGCAGAUCCCCAGGAGGGAGGCUGCUCCCGCUCCGGUUGUUUUGACUGCGUCUUCCCUGGCUUACCCCAGCCCCGCUGUGAGGCCAGCCCCGCUUCGCCGUGUCCCCGGUGACGUGCUGCCGUCCCGCCGAGGCUUCCUGGCCAGCAAGAUGGGCUCUUCCAGCCGCAGGGCCCGGGGUGCAGGCUCAUCCGCAGCCGUGCCCAGGAUGCCAGCACCAGCAGGUGCAUUGAGAGAGGGCUCAUCCAAGAGCAGCCAAAUCGCCACGCUCCUCUUCUCACCAGCCUCCACCGGCAUCCCCAUGCCACCGGCUUACACAGCACCUCCUGCCUUGGGCGCUGCCACGCAGGGACCUGGGAUCAGGGUUGGGACAUCGAGGAUCUGCCGCUCCUGGGCGACUGAAAUCGGGGCUUUCUGAGCCUGCCGUUUGGAGAUGGGAAUUCCUCAGCACUCAUUGCCUACAGGCCUAAGAACAAACUCAGCUGAGAAGGCAUCUUUCCUGCUUUGCAAAAACCAAGGAUCCAUAAAGAAAAUCCUCUUUACUCUUCCCUCUCUCCUUGCACCACGUUUCUUGCCUCACCAUCACACGUUCUCUCCCUCAUGAUGCCUGCAAACAGGAAUCACAUACUAUUUGAUGCACUUGUCUGCACACAGCUACCCCCAGAUCCUUCAGGCUACAGCAGAAGGGGCACAUGCAGAUCCCAGCCCUGUUCCACCUCCAGCAAACCACUCUGCGGAGCCCUUUGGAAAAGAGCUAGCCUUGAAAUACUGUUUUAUUUCCCUGGGGGCCCUGAGCUGCCAGACAGAGACUUGCUUAUGCCGAUGCCCUGCGAUGUGUCCCCCAGCUGCAGCACCUAAUGUUGUGCUCCCCUUAUCCCCAGCAUUGCUGGCACCCCAGCUGCAGCCCCCCCAGCUCCCUUAGUGAACUUGCCUGCCUGUUAAUCCCCACGCUUUCCUCACUGCAUUACCAGCUUUCCCCACUUAUGUGCCCUUAAGGUGGAGUGAGGCAACAGCUUAACAGAGCUUGUUCCCACAGCUGGGCUGGAAUUCCGCCGGAUCCCUGCACAAACCAUGCAGGAGCAGCCAGCCAGGCCUGCGCAGCCCCCGCUCUGCACUGAGGUGUGAAGAGACGAGCAGGAGGAUUUCAAAGGGAUGUCAGUCACAGAGGGGAAGGCUCUGAUGGCCAAAGUGAGAAGAAAAGGCCUUUCCUUUUGCCAGUCUCUCCUCCAUCCCCUGCUGAACAGCUGUGACUGCAAAGGGGGAGAAUGAGUCAGAAGGGCCUGCAUUUGAAGUGCCUCCCUUGUUCUCUCUUAGCCCUGCACCCCUCAGCCUCUCAUCCUGUCUCUGUUUUCUUUCUUCAGCACCGUGUUUUGGUCUCACAUUGCUCAUCCCUCUCCCUGGGCCAGGACCAAAGCCCACUGAGGUUUCACUGCAAACCUUGGCAAGCCCUGGGGCUGCACUUGUCCCGAGUCCCAAGAGCUUUUUCUGCCUUGGCCUGCAUGCCCCAAGGUAACUGACACAGCAGAUGCUGCUCCUCCAGCGGUCCUCCCCUCCUCUCCUUUGAGCAGAAAGGCACAGGGGCCACCCUGCUCCUAUGCCACAUCCUGAACUCCUGUAGUGUCCAGGACAGGAAGUCUCAGUGCUCCUACUUGUCUGAGCAGCCCCUGCUCCUGCAUCUGUGCCUCGACUUGCUGGGAUGCACAAGCAGAAUAGCCUGGACCCAGUUGCAUGCCAAGGAGUCUCACCCCCCUCCACAUCACUGUGACAAUAAAAGAAGGAAAAGAGUGGAGAGGUCAGUGGAAAGAAAAUAAAGAGGGAGUUCUCUCUUGAAUGGGAGCGGCUCUCCCCACGCCUCAGGUCAAACACGCAGCAGCCGGUUAGACUGUGUGGAUGAGCUGGUGUUUGCCUUCCUGCAGAUUGCAUCUGCCAUGUGCAUGGCAAUGUGUCUAUCUGCUAUUGUUUGGAAAGUGAGUGCCUCCCAGUUGUUUUGAUGGAAGUCAUCGCACUUAACACACAGAAAAGCCUCGGCUGCUUCUCCCCGCCCUUGUCCUGAAGUGCCAGGAUCAGCCAGGAACAGCAUAUUCCUUGUUAAUGAAGCCAGAGGAGGUCCUCAUGGACCCCAGUUGUUCCUGCAGCACCCUCGAGCUCACAGCAAGUAGCCCAGCCUCACUUUACACUGUGGAGAGCUGUUAGAUUCACGAGCUGUGGCAUCCAGCAAAGGUGUCAAAUAAAGUCUUUCAAACCCC